GAUACCCUCUGUUGAUCUGAGGCCAAUGGGUCAAGCUCAGUUCAUAGUUAACCUCGAAGACGAUGAGAGACCUUAUUUCGGUAGCGUUACUGCUGGUAAUGGUUGGACUUGGCUACGCCCAAGUCCAUCCGGAUAUUGCUGAAGAUGCCUAUCUGGAUUCCCUAGGAUUGCUUCGCAAAUACGGUUACCCCGCCGAGGAGCACAUCGUUGAAACGGACGACGGCUACCUGUUGGGAGUUCAUCGCUGUCCAGGCAGUCCAGUGUCUCCUCCGGCUGCCGGUAAACCCGUAGUCUUGCUGCAGCAUGGAAUGUUGAGUUCCUCGGCGGAUUACAUCCUGAUGGGACCGCAGACCAGCUUGGUGUACAUGUUGGCCGAUGCCGGGUUCGACGUCUGGAUGGGUAACUCCCGUGGGAAUCGUUACUCCAAUCGGCACCGCUCGAGGAACAACCAGACGCAGGUGUUCUGGGACUUUUCGUGGCACGAAGUCGGCAGUAUUGACGUUCCGAACGUGAUCGACUACAUUCUGGCCCGGACGGGACAGCAACGGUUGCAGUACGUGGGUCACUCGCAAGGAACGACCGUAUUCUGGGUCAUGAUGUCCCAACAUCCGUACUACAACCAGCGGGUCAAGAGCGCCCACUUGCUGGCCCCGGCCGCUUACAUGCAUCGCACGCGUAGUCCGUACGUCAUCUUCUUGGCAGCGUACCUGCACACUACGGAGCUGAUGCUGCAGAUGAUGGGCACGUACUACUUUGCUCCGACGAACGAGAUGGACAUUCAGGGAGGGAUCGACAAAUGCCGUGACGGGGCUCCGUUCCAGCAGAUGUGCACGAUCACCACUUUCCUGAUGGCUGGAUUCAACUCGCAGGAAGUCAACUACACAAUGCUCCCGGUCAUGCACGGUCAUUCACCGGCCGGAGCGUCAGCCAUGCAGAUGAUCCACCAUGCGCAGACGGUCCGAUCGCAGAUCUUCCGCCAGUACGAUUUUGGCCCGACGCAGAACAUGAUCCGGUAUGGAUCAUUGACACCGCCCAGCUACAAUCUGAACAACGUCCAGGCUCCGACGCUGCUCUACCACAGCACCAACGACUGGCUGGCCACGCCGGAGGAUGUUCUGCUCCUGGCCAGUCAGUUGCCAAAUGUUCGCAAGCGUUACCUCGUUCCGAUGCACGAGUUCAACCACAUGGACUUUGUCUGGGCCAUCAACGUUCGGUCGCUACUGUACAACGAGCUGCUGGCCGAUUUACGAGCGUACGCCUGAGUGGCUCUUGAAUCGAUUUAUGGACACUUGAAAAAUGAUACAAUUAAGCUAAUAUUGGUUUGAACUAGA